AAUGUCAAAAGCAGAUAACACAGCAUUAUUAAAACCUGUUAGGAGACGUAAGCCUAGAUCUUUGGGGGAUAUUCAAAUAAGAAGCUCACCGACAAAACUACCUCCGUUAAACUCUACACCUUCCCUCGAAGAAGAUUCUGACGACGAUAUCAAUGUUCAGGGCAAUGCGCUGAAUGUUCCCCCUCCAAGAUCAACAAACAAAGCAAGAUUUACUGACCAACCGUUGUUAAAUACGUCUAGACGGAAAUCUUUAUCACCAAGCCGAAAUAAUUCUCAAAUUGAACACUUAAAAAAGCAGGUAGAACUAUUAAAGAAGCAAAGCUCCGAGAGAAAAAGUGAAUUGGAAAAAUCUAGAUCAUUAGUUGAAGAAAAACAAGAGAAACUUGAUAAAGCCUCUAAGAAAUCCGAAAAACUUAAUGAUACAAUAAAAAAUCUCGAGAAUGAAUUGUUAAUGUAUAAAAAACUUUUAGAGGAAGAGAAGAAUGGCCAUAACAUCACCAAAUCCUCCUACACCGAGCAAACGUUAGAAAUGGAAAGAUCAAAAGAAGAACAUGAUAUAGAAAUAGGAAGAUUUCGAUCUGCACUCGAAUCAGCGGAGAUCAAGAAGAAGGAGGAGUUAGAAAGAUUAACGAGUCUAUUGAAGGAGAAAGAAGCCAAAGUAGAACAAAUGAAGAAAAAUAUGGCCGAUACGUUAAAAGGAAAUUCCUGGGAACGACAACAACAAUUGGAUGAAUUACAUAAAGAAUUGCAGAGAUCUCACGAUGAACAAGAAGAAUUAAGGUGCAAAUAUAAUUCCUUAGUGAAAAGAUUAAAUGAACUUGGAAGUAAUUGUCCUCGCUGUUCACAAACUGAAAAAGAAGUUCGCAAGGCUCAACAGUUAGUUACCACAAUGCAUGUUGCCUUAGAACGUAUUGAUCAGCAUAAGUUUACUUCGAAACGAUGA